UAACCCAAUAUAGGACUCCAUUCUGUUGUGUGAACAACGCAAUAAAUAAGGGCACGAGACCAGUUUCACAUUUGUAACAUUAUCUGUUGUAUCAAAGGUAAUUUGUAGGCGCCAUGGCCCGUACCAAGCAGACAGCCCGUAAAUCUACUGGAGGCAAAGCCCCACGUAAGCAGCUGGCCACCAAAGCUGCCCGCAAGAGCGCCCCUUCUACUGGUGGGGUCAAGAAGCCCCAUCGUUACAGGCCUGGUACUGUGGCCCUGCGUGAGAUCCGUCGGUACCAGAAGUCCACUGAGCUGCUGAUCCGCAAGCUGCCCUUCCAGCGCCUGGUGAGAGAAAUCGCUCAGGACUUCAAGACUGAUCUGCGUUUCCAGAGUGCAGCCAUUGGAGCCCUGCAGGAGGCCAGCGAGGCUUACCUGGUUGGUCUGUUUGAGGACACCAACUUGUGCGCAAUCCAUGCCAAGCGUGUCACCAUCAUGCCCAAAGACAUCCAGCUGGCUCGUCGUAUCCGUGGGGAGCGUGCUUAGACGCCUCCCUAAUUUACCUCUCCUCAGUUUGUCUUCUCCUCCCUUCCCACUUUUCCUUAUAAGUAGCUUGAUUUGAGUAAUGAUGUGACAAAAGUAAAGUGUGUGUAGUCUUGUCCCCCUUAGUUCUCUUAGCAGCAAACUUUUAGGGUACUUUGUGUAUCAUGUAUCUGUUUUGAAGCUGAUCUGAGUCACACCUUUAAUGUGUAUGCAAAUCAGCACAACAAAGGGUGCAUGCAUGAAGCAUCUUGGGCAGGCAUUCCCCUCCUACUAUUGACGAUACUAUUACAUUUAUUAUAACGGGGUUGUUUUCUAAUUGAUAUACAUGCAUUAUUUUUUACAUGUACCAUUUAAUUUUUUUCUUUUACUAGUAUUUCUACUGUUUACAGGAUACAAUGGUUAAUUCUGUUCUGAAAUUGAUCAAUAAAAAAUACAUUGCAUGACAAAUAUUGCAAAGGCCUAUGUGUAGCAUAACGUUUAUGUAUUUCUCCCAUGUUUUUAUCCAGUUAAUAUUUUAAUUCCUUUCUCAGGUUGUGAUACCGUUUUCUUACUGGUUUUGAGUUUCUGUAAUUUUAAGCAGACAUUUGUAAUAUCCAGAAUUCUCAUACAAAGGUGAUAAUAAACUACUGUUCCACAA